UUGCUUGGAUGAGUCAGACGCGUUCAUUCAAUACUUUCGUGUUUAUGUUCGUAAACAUUUGCGUGUUUGAAUGGAUUGCAAUUGGAUGUGGUAUUAUGAGACGGAGGAAUAGGUGAUUUCAGAAACGGUUUCACCUCGCGAUGGACGAGCUGAAACACAAGAUUCUGGGGCUCCUCCAUAAACAGGGCCCCAAAAUUCCUUCAAUGGGAUUUUCCGACGCCAACUAUCAUUUCUCCAAAGGCGACAACCUUAGCAUCAACAGCAAAACCGUGACGGAAUCUGAUCGACCAGCUGAUCAGGAUAUUUUGGAGAGCAUACAGGCUGCUUAUUUUGCAGUCACAGAUGAUUUCGAUAUCUGCCGUUUCGAGCUGAGCAAACUCCCUGACGUAUUGGAUUGCGACCAAAUACAGCGCGAUUUCAAGUUGCUGAAGCAGCAGCACCAAGUUGUAUCCAAGAAAGUGCUGCAGCUCAUCUUGGAGCAUCAGAAUUCCUGCAAUGAAGAGUUCCAAAAGAUCCUCCAAGUUUUGGACACGCUCAAGGAGACUUUAUCAAUGUGUAGUCAAGGUAGACUCGAAUUGGCCGUCGCCGAAAAGCAGCUUGCUUCAACUUUAAGCGUCCUGUCCAAUCACCGGAAACGGAAACGCGCACAGAAUCUGCUCGACAAUCUGAACACAAUUAAAACCUUGUAUAGAACGGAUCACAGAUUGCAGGAACUCUUGAACGAGGAGAAUUAUGCCGGAGCCAUCGAGUUGUUGCAGGAAUGUCAGACUGCAGCUCACACCUACAAACAUUUCAAUUGCGUUGCAGCUUUAACAAAUAAGCUGCAGGAAACUCUGGAGUUUACCGAAGAGCAACUUGACAGGGUUCUGGCUCAAAUGUGCUACUAUUUCGAUGAUACCCGCUACUCGAAAUUGCAAGCCGCUUUCAGGUUGUUGGGUAAAACGCAACUCGCCGUUGAUCAUUUACACAUGCAUUACAUAAGUGCGAUUUAUAAUACCGCACUUAAUAUAGUGCAUGUGUACGUGCAGAAUCCCGAAAUUAACGGUGAUGUUAACGAUGGCAGCGGAAAGAAACCCUACAAGAAUCUCUGUUUGUCGGUGGAGCAAGAAAACUUUAUUCCAUGCUUGAUAGAUUUAUGCAAAUCCCUCUUUAAAAUUGUGCUCAGCUAUUAUAGUUUGGUUAAAUGGCACAACAAACAUGAUUGCGAUGAGGGUGAAAAGGAUGGGAAUUUGGAGGAUAAUUUCAAUAAGCAAUAUAUUAAGCAGAAGUUGGAGCAUAAUCUCGUGAAGAUUUGGCAGGAUGUCGAGAGUAAAGUUUCUUCGCUUUUGCUGAACAGCGAUUUGGCUUCUUAUAAAUUCGAGCAGUUCGUGCAGGUGCUUGGUGUUGUGCACAGGUUGAUCGAAGUCGGGGAAGAAUUUUGCGGUAGCAAAUCUGAAGAAUUACAAGAAUCGAUCAAGAAACAGAGCUUUAACUACUUUAAGAAUUACCAUGCGCAGCGGAUAGAAGAGCUGAAGAUAUUUCUGGAGAAUGAAAGUUGGGAAAUUUGCCCUGUGAAGCAUACGUUUGAUAUUCUGCAAUUACAGGAGUUCAAAUCGAUGAGACAUGUUUUGCGAAAUUAUAAGAAGGCUUCUUUGGCUUACACUAAUUCACCUGAUUGUUGUUCCUCUAAUCACUCACAAGAUGGAAGUAGCGUUGUCACAGGGAAUUAUUUCAUAAGAUUUAGCGAGCAUGGAACACCAUUCGAUUCGAAGCUGGAGGAAACUUUGAUCGAGGAAGAUAUUCUUGCUUUCGACGAUGAUGGCCCAGGUUAUUUCUCCGAGGAUAGCGAGGAGGAAAACGAGGAACUCAGUAAGGAUUAUGUGGAUGAAUACGCUGGGGAAUUAAAUGGGCAAAACGCUAAACGAGAGAAACAUCAGAACAUACAACAAAGAUCGCCCAUACUCACAAAUACAACUCUCACUGUUUUACGGCAAAUGGGAAAUUACCUGCAGAUGUCGAGACUGCUCCAACCCAUAGCUUUCGACAUUAUCAUGUGUAUGGCUCAACUUUACGAUUUCUACCUCUAUUACGUGCACUCUUUCUUCACGAUAGAUUUAACAAUUAGCAGCAAUUCCCUAUACUCUUUAAGUUUAAAUUCAACAUUGAAAAGGAUUCAAGAGGAUUUGUAUGAGAAUAACGAACGGCAUGUCGCUCUCUCCGAUCAAGUCGAUUUGACUGUACCUGAAAAGUUGCAUGGAUUGGCGCAAAGGAUCGUAGGCGUCGAGAGUUUGAUUUUCCUCUCGAAGCAGUACAGCUCUCUGCAAGGAUACCUGGAGUUCCUGGUUCCGCCACAAAACAAAAUUAUACUACAACAGUUUUUUACGCAGUCAAUUGGAAGCGCUGCAGAUUUACGUAGACCAAUUUACAUGUCUGUUGUCGCUAAGGUAUUUGAUCUUCGGCAAAUUCUGGUCUCUAUGUCGAAGAUCAAUUGGGAAGUGAAGGACGUGAUGUCGCAGCACAACACCUAUAUCGAUGUGAUUCUGAGAGAAAUACAAAUAUUUACGAUGAGAUUGGAGCAGAUCAGCUCGAAGGUGCACAUAUCUACAGAUGUUUACAAAAGCUUGUGGGAGAAUGCAGCGCACAUAAUCACUCACACUUUAGUUCAAGGAUAUUCCGAUGCGAAGAAAUGUUCGAAUGGUGGCAGAGCAUUGAUGCAGCUGGACUUCACGCAGUUUCUCCUGAAAUUUGAGAAAAUUUCAGGGAUGAGACCCGUACCCCAUCGCGAAUACGUCGAGAAUUACGUGAAGGCCUAUUACCUCCCUGAAAACGAGCUGGAAAAAUGGAUCAAAGAGCAUUCGGAGUAUUCGUCGAAGCACCUGUUCGGUUUGGUGUCCUGCAUGUGCCAGAACAACAAGAAGAGUAGACAGCGUUUGUUCCAGGUCAUCGAGGACAUCGAAAAGUCCGCCUCAGUUCCCCGAUAGUAAGAUCCAACUAUGAUUGGAAUUUCUGUAUUAUCCUAUCUCUCUAUUCGUUUCCCUUUAAUCUAUUUAUAUUAUGUAAUUAUUAUGAAAUUAAGUUCGAAAUCUGUCCAUUCCGCGCGCUUUAAAAGUGCAAACAGUAUAAUAUAGUUUAGCAACACCUUUUCUGAUGUGUUUAUGUACGUACUUAAGUGAUCGGUUUUUAUUUGAGUAAAUAAUUUGCGAGGCUCGGCCUUUUCGCGCAACAAAAAAUGAAACAGAAAUACUACACGAAUCGAUGAACUUGUUAAUAUGAUUGUUGAAUGUUGUUACGACAUGUAAAUAAAGUGAUUCAUUUUGUUUUCAAUCGAA